CCAAUGGGGUGCGAGAUGCCCGCAGGUUCGAAGCUGGUGGCGGCGCGCGGGUAACGACCUGGUGGGGGAUGCGCGCGGCGGCGCCGAUCCUCGCACAGCCGUUAACGGCCGCUCGCGGGCGCCGCGCUUAGCGGCGGGCUCCGCGGCGGCUGCCGGGUAGUGCUAGCACUGUCCCCCCUCGGUCUCUCUGCCGCCUUCCUUCCUCGCGAGCGAUGGACGUGUCGAGGGGCUUCUUCGGGAAGCUGCGCGUUUUAGCCCUCACGCUGGAGAAGGAGGCGAAGCAGCUCGAGCGGGCUCUGCGUAGGGAGGACGCAGACUAUGAAGAUGAAUCUCCAGUAAGAGUCUUACACGACCUGCACUGUGAAGUCAGAACUCUGAAGGGAGAUGUUAACACCAGUCUCGAUAAGAGUUGCUCUGAAAGGCAAGAAAUUCAUGACUUUAUGAAGGCGAGUGAAAUACUGAUGCAAAGAAAUGCAGCAGAUCUUGGAAAAAUAAGAGAGCUGUUCCAGAAAUAUGGCUAUAAACCACCUGUCAAAGACUCCACAGAUGAGGAAGAAGAGGAAGAGGAAGUUAAUGGUCAAUCAAAAGUGUCUGUCCAGAAUAAGUCUGAUCAAGAAAAAGUAGAUGAUGCGCCUCAUCUUCCUGCUUGUACUGAGAAGCCACUGGUCCCCAGAGACCCUUUGCGUAACCCCCAGCUUUCUGAUUUUGGUCUUUCACAGUAUGCUUUCUCCAGGUCUUGGAGUGCAAUGAAUGGACAACACCCAACAAAUGCACAUCCAGAAAAUUCAAAAAAGAGGACUCCUGUAAAAACACAGGCCCCCACUAUUUUGCCCAAAACACCAAAAUGUAUGCUAAGGAUGGAUGACUAUGAGUGUUUAACACCAAAACUUGAACAUUUUGGCAUUAGUGAACAUACUAUGUGUAUGAAUGAAGAUUAUACAAUGGCACUUCUUCAUAAAACUGCUCAGACAAGCAAAAACUUGCCUAAGAAAGACGAUCAUGAAGUGAAUGUAGCAGAAAUGACAUCCAGGGAAAUCAUGGUUACUCCUGGGCCAAAAACAAAAGAGACUGAUGGGAAUGCAGCUGAUUGUAUGGCUUCUCCUCAGAUACCCAUGUUCUGUACACCGGGUGUGAAAAUCCCUUCCAGAACAGAUAGUGUGGUAUUAUCAAAAUCACCAGAGACAAAUGAAAUACUUCCUCCUAGUCAUACAGGAACGCCACCACUUCCAGAUUUUGAAACAAGAUGGCUAAAAAUAGAAACUAAGCAUGUAGAGCAGGGGGAAAAAACUGAAUCAGUGACAGAAGAUGAUGCAAUAAAUAAGCUAUACAUAGAAGAUAGCAUUCCAUCUGCUGUAAGCUCUGAUGAAUAUCUUAAACAUUUCGAAGACCCUUCUCCUCCCAAAAUAAAGGACUAUGAGCAUUUAAUUAAUACUCCUCCACCACCAGAAAUAACAAGAAUACCAGAUGAUGUUCUACAGAUUCUGUCGAAGUAUAAUCAAAAAAUAGACUCUUCUAAAGCCAAGAAGAUGGAGACCAAAGCAGGAAAUACUACAAGAUUUGAAAGUGAUUUCACAGAUUAUUGCAACAAAGAGAACAGACAUUUAGCCAGAGGCACCCAGGGAAGAGGUCAGCUGAGGUUCAUACUUCUGUGGCAGUCACGGGAAGGUGAAACCACACUGAAGCAUUUGCGCUGAAUGCUUUGCUACUGAAGGCAGUUUUGCUUUUUCAUUUCCCAGUCAUUUUGCUUCUGAGGCUGCCAGAAAUAAAGCCAAGAGGUUGUUGCUGUUUUCCUUUGAGGAGUGUGAAGACCUGCCCUGGGCUGUGUCCACGAGCAUGUUUGACCCUUCACUGUGUCCCAUGCCAGAAGCAAAGCCAAACUACCUUCAGAGCAGCUCCAUGAGUCACAGGCACAGGCUUACUUGCUGCUGUUGCUUUGUAACUUGACUGCAUUUAAUUGCUGAGAAUUAUGCUUAAAGACAGUCAAAGCAAGAACCAGAACACAAACAUGAGGAAAUGCCAAGAUUCCUGUGUACCUCUAAUUGCAGGUCUCUCUCUGUGUUUGGUAAGAGGCUGGUAAAAGAUGUAAUUACAUACUGGUUACCACAGGACUCACCUUGUUCAUUUUGCAGCACAGAUGAUGCCACAUGGUGAGCAGGCCACUUCGUUGUGGUCUCACUUUCCUGUUCACCCAAUUCCAUAGCGCGCCAAAAGCCAGACUGCUGCUCUGACAGCUGCUGCCCAGCACAGAGGCAGGGGUGUGCCUGCUGCCGUGGUCCUGAGUCUGCCCAAACCUGCUGGCGGUGACAGAAAGCACUGCGCCUGCUACAUCUGCACUUCUAAUAGCAGCAGUUUCCCAGAGCGCCUCGUGCUUGCACCAGAGCUGGUUGCUUUCACCCUGGGAAAACAUCCCACCCCUGGCCAUGCUGGACUAGUGCCACUGCCACUUCUGGCCUUACUGUUCUUCCCCACAGAGUAGCAGGGAUAUCGUCAUUCCUCGAUCACUCUUAAAAAAGGGGUGAGGACCACUGUUUGACUUUUUCUGUCUUAAGGGAAAAAACAACUGCAGGUGCUUCUGCAAAUGAGGGUCUUUAAUGAAGGCUGAAAUGGCAAGUCCCUAAUUUGGAAGCUAGUUGGGGGCGGGGGGGGGGAACAGAAGAGGGUCAACCAUGAGCAGAACUGUAUCAAUAAAUCACUCAGGCUACACUGUAUCAAGGACUCUGGUGGGAAAAAUCACAGCUCGACAGAAAGCACAGCUCACGCUCCACAGGUAGGAACAUUUCAGCCAUAGCCUCUGCUCUGCUAAGGUCUUAAAUGAGGAGGGUGAAGACCCCAAGGAGCAGAACGUUGCUGCACACCGCUGCUGCUCCCAGUGUUGCCUUUCUCUCAGCACACUAUCAUCAUGUGCAGAAAACAAGCGCCUGGCUCUUUCCUGGCCAACUGGGUGCUCAGGGCCCCUCUGCAGAGGAAUGCAGUGCUAGGACGGCUGGCACAUGCCGUAAAACUCAAGACUCCUUGGUGGCCCUAGUUCUCCCUCUGCAGCAACAGACAAACAGCCAGGAGAUGGCUCAUCCCUUGUCUCUCCUCUCCCUUUGAGGUGUGCUAACUAACAUCAGCCGCUUUCCCCAAGAGCGGCACCCAGCUCACAGACCAGAACUCCAGUUCCCCAAGGACAACAAGAAGCCCUGGUGCUACCUUUUGCUCCAUUUUGAGCUUCUGGAAGCCAUUUGCUACACAUCCACCAACAACCUCCAGCUUCAUCAGUAACUUAUGUUUUAGGCCAUACUUGAACUGUUAGUUGGUUUGGCUUUGCCCUGACACCCAAGGAUUGCAGUAACCUGAGGAACUGGUGCUCGAUACAAGCUGCAAGUAUUUGUAAAGUCAUCUUGUGUAAUGUUCACAGUUGUAGCUAUUCAGUAGACAAAGGUAGCUAUGAGGAGAGAUGCAUCUUCCCAAAUGCUAUGGAAGCUAAAACUGGGCCUGGGCCUUGCAGUUGGCAGAUGCUGACACUAUACUCUUUGCAGUGAACGUGUACGAGCGAACUGUCUCACAGCCUCCACUCCCCAGGUUACUGGGUCAAGAGCAGCCUGGUGGUCAGGGCCAGGUGGACUCCCUUCCACACCUAUUACCAGAGUACAAACUUGCUGCUUCACCCUCCCUCUAUUCAUCUAAAUUGCAGGCAACAGCUUCUGUGGGCAGGGAGCAUACAAUUAUAUUUUCAUUAGGUUGAAAAUAUAGGCUGGUCAACUAGUCCCACCCAUGCUAUUUUAAUAUUUUGGGCCUGUUCCUCAUGCCACUUAAGUCAACCUCCAUCUGAAAACACUGAAUUUCUUCUAGCCAGGUCUCUACAGAUAUCCCAUCUUCUCAAAAAAAUGCAAGACAUGGAAAGAUAGUUUUAUACCUUCCAUUUCUAAAUAUACCAACCCCUUUAAAAUUCAAAUAAGACAAGAGUGCUGAAUCAGUCCAUUCUCCAAUAAGGUCAGCAGCUUCUCAAUAUCCUGGGAUAUAUGGUGCCACAGAGACCACUUCAGAAUAUCAUGGCUUGGCAUCAUCCUUGUACAAGAUGGAGCAGCCAUCCAGUGCCCUGGAAAGCCACAGUGUUCUGCCCUCACCCUCACUCUCCUGCUGGAGGACAGCCAGCCUUACACAACUCUACCUUCUACUCAAUACAUCCACGUCAGCAGCAGGGAGAACAACGGUGAGCUGGCCUGCCUACCACCACACUCUUCAGAGGCUCAUCCUCCCAAAGGCAGCCGUCAAUGGUUUAAAGAAUCCUCCCGUGAAAGGAAUCCCCAUUAGGCCACCUACCCCUAUACAAGCAGCCCAAAAGUUACCACACAAAGGCUUUGGGCCCUACUUUUAUAGAUUUCAACUUCUGCUUAAAAGCCAACUUCAGAAUUUCUCUGCGAAAAUCCAGUUAAGACGACAAAAAAAACCCCAAACAAAAAACCCACUAUCAAAGUCAAAAGAUAACAACAUCAAUCUUUAUUCCAAACAAGACAGAACUGCAGAACACCUGCAAUAUUUCUGGUCAUAUUUUACAGAAGUCUUGAAACAUUGGACACACAAACUUACUUUUCAAACUAUAACAAUGAGGAAAAGGAUGAUGAUGCUUCUAAAAAGUCUCCCUUCUAAAGAAAUUCAGUAAAAAUUAAGGUUUAAAAGUUAACUCAUUUCUGAUGCUUAGCUUUGUUUUCAGGUGUUCUUGCUUAGCAACAAAAGCAAAAAGUAAGCCUGCUUUAGAACAGCAAGAAGGAAUAAACUGAAAAUGUAGUCAUACAAAGAAGCAACAGUUUAGUAUGGUCUCAUGCGGCUGGAUGGGGGUGGUGCACGAUUUGGAGGAGUAAUUGCUAUAUCCAAGUAGUCUCCUAUCUGGAAUUUCUGAGACUGCAAUGUCAUGGAGUCAUCUGUGCCCUUCCUACCUGACAUCGUGCUGCCAAUCUCCUUCACCCUGCACAGUGGGGACAAAAUGCAAGUUAGUUAGCAGAAGCAAAUCUUUCUAGGUUUCCAACACAGGAAAAAUAUCAUGUCAUUACAACCUUCCUGUUCCAUCCUCUGCACUGUUUUUGGCACUUAGCUAUGUUCACAGUAUGGUUACUUCUUCCAGUACUGGGUAAAAAAGAAGCUACAUUAAGUCUUCUCUCUGACGGGGCAGCAGGGUGAGGCUGGAGGUGGAACCUACUACUACAUUAAGGGUAACACCUAGAGAGAUGGGAGGGAAC